AUGAUUUACAAUAAAAGAACUAAGCAUUCAGUUGCGCAGAGGAAAGAAGAUGCUGCUCAGAGGAAAGCAGCUCUGGAGGCUGCUAUUAGAAAGAAAAUUGAAUUUGAGAAAAAAGCGCUAUAUACCGUUGAACAACUGCUGGAAGAGAACAUUACUGAAGAGUUCCUUGUGAAUUCUGGCAAACUUAUUACCCCAUCUCACUAUAAAGACAUUGUUGAUGAACGCUCUAUCAUCAGACUAUGCGGUUAUCCUCUGUGUCAAAAUAAACUGGAAAAUGUGCCAAAACAGAAGUACAGGAUUUCCACAAAAACAAACAGAGUUUAUGAUAUUACUGAAAGAAAGUGUUUUUGCAGUAACUUUUGCUAUAGAGCAUCUAAAUAUUUCGAAGCUCAAAUUUCCAAAAGUCCAGUAUGGAUGCGAGAAGAAGAAAAACCACCGGACAUAGAGCUACUGAAAGAGGGGCAGAGUGGUCAGUCUGGAGAAGAGGUGAAACUAUGUGAUGAAGUAAUUAAAGCCUCUGACAUUGAAAAUCCUAGGGCAUCUUCAGACCCAUGUGAAUCUGGUUUUGCUGACAAUGUCAGUGACAGCAGUAGUGAUACUGAACAAGAAUUUGUCUCUUCUGUUCUACCAGGAAGUCGGUCAAGUUCAGCCAAUCUUGCACAACAAUUGUACAGAAAAAGCAUCCCCAAAAAGAAACCUUUUCAGAGAGUGUAUUCCAACCCUAAAAAUGAAGACUUGGAUGUGACAGAAGCCACUGAGCAACUAUCUAGGUGUGAAUUAGAUGCUCAGGAAGAAAUGCAUACUUGCUCCGUUCAAAAUAAAAUAACUGUAACUCCUUCAGAAAAUACCGUUCCUGGAAAAUCAAAUACUACAAAAAACUAUGAAAAUACCUGUAGUGAUUCACAGAUAGUUUUUUUGAGUGUGAGCAAAAAAGGGGAAGAACAGCUUAAAAGAAUGCUAGCUAGCUCAAAAGAACUUAAAAAGUAUGAACUGAGGGAUCCAGUUAAUUCCCUGGCUGCCAAAGGCAAUUUAUUAGAAGUACUUAAGCAAACAUUUAUGGAAUGGAGAACUGAAGAAACUUUAAAGUUUCUCUAUGGUUCAAACUACACUUCUUUGUGCUCAUCAGAGUGUACAUCAGCUGCCGACCAUGAGAAUGAAGAGCUUGAUGAGGAUGACUUAGAUGAACCUGAUGAUCUUAGCGUUGCUGCAGCAGGGUCUGAAAACAGUUUGAAUCAGUCUUUACCAUUUAGAGGCUCAGGUGGAAUUAAGCCUUUGCCUAGUUAUGAAAAGUUAAAAGAAGAAACUGAAUUUCUGGAACUUCGAGUAAAAGAGUUCUAUAAAGGAAAGUGCAUCUUGGCUGAAGAGGCUGUGGCACAGGCACGAAUAGAGGAGCAUCACAGCAAAGAUAAAGUUGAUCAACAGCAAGAUCUCACCUUCCCACUUGUUGAUUCAAAUGCACAAAUGCAGAUUAGAAAGAGGAUUGUCCUUGAAAAACUGAGAAAAGCCCUACCUGCAGUUUUGGGCCCUCUUCAGAUUACCCUGGGUGAUAUUUACACGGAGCUAAAGAAUCUUGUCAAAACUUUCCGAUUGUCACAUAUUAUUCCAGUUUUCAGAAAUACUGAGAAGAGCCCAGUGUAUACACAGUUCCUGUCUACUCUGCUAGAAGAGCUGCAUUUCAAAAACGAAGAUCUUGAAAGUUUAACAAGAAUAUUUAGAAAGGACAACUUACCUGAGUGAACAAGAUGGUCACCUUAACAUCUCCUGCUGUCCAAAAUGGUGGUGUGAAGAAUAAUGUAUCGUCAGUGGUUGGGA